CUAUGCAUUCGCUUCGGAAAAGUUUUUGUGAAUUCUAGUGUGCUACUGCUGAAUUUUUUAUAUCAUAAAAGAAAUUGAAAUAUACUUUAAAUACAGUAUAUUUUUGCAAAAACUUGUAAUUAAAAGUUAAAUUCACUUAAAAAAUGGCAACUGACGCACAAACCAACAACGAGGAUUACUCGCAAGAGUACGGAGAUGAUGACAACAGCCAAGAAUAUGAUAACGAUCAACAAGAAGGUGAUGAAUAUGAUGAUCAAGAUGAAAAUGAUGAUGACAAUGAGCAAAGUCAGGAUCAGACCAGUAUUGGUGGUGAUGGUAGCGGUGGUGGUAAUAACAGUAACUCUUCCGGUCCAAAAUACAUACGUUUAAGAGGGCUACCAUGGUCGGCAACUCAUAAAGAAAUCUUAAAUUUUCUAAAGAAUGUAAAUGUGGUUAAUGCCUCGAAGGGUAUACAUCUUAUCACCAGCCGUUGGGAUGGCAAAAAUACAGGCGAAGCAUAUGUUGAGGUACAAAGUCAGGAUGAUGUUGAAGAAGCGCGAAAAUUAAACAAAGGCUUAAUGGGACAUCGUUACAUUGAAGUAUUCACUGCUAACCCUAAAGAAGCCAAAGAAGCCAUGCGUAAAACUGGCAGUCAUGGCAUGUCAUAUGUUGUUAAACUACGCGGUCUGCCAUAUGCGGUCACUGAGCAGCAAGUCGAAGAAUUCUUUAGUGGGUUGGAAAUCAAACCGGAUCGGGAGGGGAUACUUUUUGUUAUGGACAAAAGGGGUCGUGCGACUGGGGAAGCUUUUGUUCAGUUCGAAAGCCAGGAUGACACUGAACAAGCCUUGGGACGUAAUCGGGAAAAGAUUGGGCACAGGUAUAUUGAAAUCUUCCGUAGCUCACUGGCUGAGCUGAAACGCGCUGCCAAAGGCAAUGGACGCAGUGGUCCAUAUGACUUGAAGGAUCGUGGCGGUAAUCGCGGCAAUGAAUACGGCGGUGUACGCAACAUGCGUGGCGGCAAUGAUUGGGGUAACAAUGGCGCUCCAUUCGGUGUUGGCGCCAACAACACACUUGGCUUUAAUAAUUUACCCAACUUCACAAACUCGGGUAACUUUGGCAAUAACUUUGGACCGAAUGGCAAUGGAGGUGGCAGUGGCGGUGGUAUGAGUGGUUUUGGUAAUGGCAAUAAUGGCGGCAGUUUCGGUGGUUUUGGCAAUAACGGUAAUUUUGGCUCAGGCAACGGCAACAAUGGUAACUUCGGCAACGGCAAUGGCGGCUUUGGUGGCAAUAACCGUUUCAACAACAGCGGCGGCAAUUUCGGCAACGAUUUCGGUGAUUUUGGCAACUUUGGCAAUAACCGAAAUUUCAGUAAUGGCGGCAAUUUCGGUAAUGACUUCCCAGUCGGCAACAACCGCAAUGGUGGCUUGGGCCUCGGGUCGAACAAUGGUGGUGGUGGUGGUGGUGGCGGCGGCGGCGGUAAUUUUGGAAAUUUCGGCAACUUUGGUAAUUUCGGUGGUAACGGCGGUGGUGGCGGUUCCGGUAGCUCCGGUAAUGGCAAUAUGAGCGGUGGAUUUAACGGUGGCAACGCUAUGAUCGGCGGUGGCGGCAAUUUCGGUCCGAUCGGCGGUGGUCGCAAUGACAAUGAGUACUUCACCAUCCAUAUGCGCGGAUUGCCAUAUCAGUCGUUUGAAAAUGACAUCUUCAAGUUCUUCGACCCUAUACGCCCAGCCAAUGUGCGUGUUAAUUUCAAUAAAAGUGGCUUGCACAGUGGCACCGCCGAUGUCUUCUUCGAGACGUACGAGGAUGCUCAACUAGCGAUGAAACGCCACCGCGACCAAAUGGGUUCACGUUACAUUGAGCUUUUCUUCGAUGGCAAGACCAAAGCUGGCAAUGCAAAGUCUGGUGGCGGUGGCGGUGGCAAUUUCCAACGCCGUAUCUAAAGCAAGCAAUGCAAAAUGUUGGAAGUUGGUACAAAGGCAUCUCCAAGUUUUACGAAAUGUAAAAGUGUGUGCUUUUUUUUUAAAUAACGUUAAUGCAACCCAAUUUCAAGGGGAGGGAAAAGAAAAUUACUAAAUUAGUUUUCGAAACAAAUACGCAAUUUUUCAUCGCUCAUCUUCGUAAUCACCGCAAUGGUACUACAAGUGGUCGUGUAACCGUUAACUACAUUAACCUUUAAUUUGUAAUUUGUUUAUGCUGUAAGUCAAUUCAAAAACAUGGAAAUUACCUAACCUAACCAUACAUUACAAUAAUAAAAAAAUACAUUUAAGUUUUAUUUUAUACUCUGUGAAAGAAGCAAACUUAAUGUUUACAUAUAUUGAAACUUAACUUACAUAAUAUGUAUACACAUAACUGUACAAUUAACAUGCACAUCACACAACAUGAGGAGAGAGUAUGAUGCGCAACUAGCUCAUUUUUAUUGAAUUAAUUUUAAUUCGUUUAAAUUAUACACUCUGCCGGGUAUCGUAUUGGAAACUCGAAUUUUACCGUUCUUUUUUUCAAGCCUAUACUUAAUUUGCUAAAACUGGCGUCCUAAAAUUGUUAAUUUUUAACGUAAUAUAGAUUCCAUUUACUUAAGCACUGUGUUAGAAAAAUAUCUUUUUUUCUUAGAAACGUUUCAGCAUUAAUUAAGUUACCAACAAAGGUAUUGCUGAAUAUUGUAUUGUCAAUAAAAAUUAUACGUAGAGUUCGCAGAAAGAAUAUGCUAAAAAUGCUGCAUAACAAACCAUGUAAACAACAGAAAUUUGUGCGCAUGCGCAUAACUCAUUUUCCGAAUAAAGAAUAAUUUUUACCUCUUUAGGAGGCAAAGUAACUUA